CCUACAUUAAUUUUUUUUUCUAAUCGGAGAUUUAACAGCCAAAGUAAUAUAUAUAUUGUGGUGCAUUUAGAAUACAAUGGAAUGAAAUGUGCAAUUGAUAUUGAUGCUGAACAAUAUCCGUUUACCGAUACGAAAAGCGCGACGCGGGCAAUUGGCGUUAUUCGAGCAGGGAAACAUUAGACAUUGGGAAAUUACUCAUACACUAAUGUUUACUCUGUGAGUAAUUUUAACACGGUACGAAUACAAAUGUGUGUGCGGUUGCGGUACGCGAAAAACUACCGACGGUCGCCUUUCGUAACUAAGAGCAUUUAUUUUUGUUUUGUACAAGUGAAUUCCGAUGGGCUAUGGUCAUAGUCGUAUGCAGAGUGUUUGCGGGGCUGAGGAUCCGCUGAACGGUUCACUAUAAGGAUUUGAUUUAUUUACUUGUGAUUCCAUUACAUAUAUGUGCUGUUAUAUCCACAGGAAUUCCAACAUGUAUCGUCCACCUACUGAAAAGCAGUAUUUACAUUGAAAGGCCAAUAAUUUAAAAGGAGUAAUUCUUCCUGUAAAUGUUUCAAACGUUUAAACGCUUGGCAAAUAUACGCAAUAUAUUGGCAACUGAGGAAGAACUGCACUCCGUGAAAACACAGUGAGCCUGAAAUAACCUGAGGAACCUAAGGCCAGAAAAUCUUCAAUAUUAUUGAAACCAAAAGCAAACACAAUGGGCGGCGGCAAAAAUAUACGCCGCGGCUUGGAGCCACUGGAGUUUGAAGAAUGCAUCGUCGACAGUCCGGACUUUCGCGAAAAUUUAAAUCGACAUGAAAAGGAACUGGACCACACUAGUCAUCAAAUAAAACGAAUAAUCAAAGAGGUCAAAGAUCUUAUGAGUGCGGCAAAAAUGCUGUCCACUAGAAUGAAACAAUUGGCCAUUUUACUUACCGACUUUAACUUUGAGUGCAUAGGCACUGCUCAGACCGACGAUGAGAAUGUCAUUUGCGAAAGCCUAAAACGCUUUGGUGCUAUUAUUGGCAAUAUUGAAGAUGAGCGCGAAAAAAUGCUAACGCUUGCUGAUAAACAUAUUAUUGAGUCACUGGAGGAUUUUCGAAAAAAGCAAAUUGGUGGCGUCAAAGAAAACAAAAAGAAAUUUGAUAAGAAAACGGAGAAAUUUUGUCAGUCGCAGGAGCGUUUUCUGAAUAUGUCAACUAAAAAGCCCGAAAACACCAUUCAGGAGGCUGAUGCUAGUUUGGGCAUGCAUGAACGCGAGUACAUCCAGGAAUCGCUGAGCUAUGUGUUGCGCAUUCAGGAAGUGCAGGAACGAAUCAAAUUCGAAUUUGUUGAGAUACUGCUCGCAUUUAUUUCCGGCUGGUUGGUUUUCUAUCACACAGCCCAUGAGCAGGCGGAGGAUCAUCGCGAUUACCUGCAGGACUUGAGGCACAAGGUGCAGAAGACUCGGGAGAAUUUCGAAGAGGCACGCGAAAAAGUUACUGAAUUAAAAACAAAGUACAUGGAAAAACGCACAAAGCCCGAAGAAAUUUUCACAAAGCGGGGCUACUUAUUUUUAAUGGAGAAAAGUUCCAUUCUGAAAAUCUCCCUUUUAGAGCCAUUCAAAGCCACAUGGACAAAAUACUAUUGUACAUUCAAGAAGCAAAAGCGGGAAUUCACCAUGCUGCAGUUCAAUCAGAUGAAUCAUAAUUUCACAAGACCCGAGGCGCGAGAUGAUGAGAAACUUACACUCUUCUCCUGCCAGCGAAGGGCCUCCGAGUUCGAGAAGCGUUUCUGCUUCGAUUUGACCUUCAAGGAGAAACCGGGAGUCGUUUAUACAUUUCAGGCUUUAAGCGAAAAGGAUCAUCGCUAUUGGAUUAGCGCUAUGGAUGGCACGGAGCCGACAUAUCUGGCUCCCGGCAAAAUCAAAGUCAGCGAGGCAUAUCAUCUGGAUGAAGCCGGAUUCAUGUUCAUCCGCCGCUGCAUUCAAGUAUUAGAGAUCCGUGGUCUCGAGGACGAGGGAAUCUACCGGAAAAGUGGUGUGGGAACCAAAAUCAGCAAGCUGUUGGCACUGGGUCUCAAUCAGAAGGAGAGCGAUGAUGUAUUUAUAGACGAUAAGUACCGGGAUUUAAUGGAAAGCAACACCAUAGCGAGUGCGCUGAAAAUGUAUUUGCGAAAUCUGAAUGAGCCAUUGAUGACCUAUCAAUACCAUAGUGAUUUCAUCGAAGCAGCAAAACAAGAAACCCUGAAUCAACGAGUGAAUGAGGUGCACAAGCUGGUCUACAAAUUACCACAGCCUAAUUUUCAAAUGCUGGAUAUGGUAAUAUGCCAUUUGACAGACGUUUCACGCAAGUACGAGAAGAACAAAAUGUCGGUAUUUAAUCUGGGAGUGGUUUUCGGACCCACUUUAUUGCGCCCUCGCGAGGAAUCGGUGGCCGCCAUCCUGGACAUCAAGUUUAACAACAUCGUGAUCAACAUUCUGAUUGAUAACUACGAGAGGAUUUUUAAGAACAAACCGAGCGCUGAUGUCAAGCUGCCGGAUGCGACGAAAGCACCCAGUAUCAUGUACCCCAGUCGCAGCAGUCCGCCGACUAGAAUGCCGCGGGCCUCUCAAAUAGGAAAGGCCGCCUCAACGGGUGCCAUGGGUAGCACUAGUAGCAGUACUACGGCAGCGAAUCCGAUGUUCUUGAACCAGCAAAAGAUCUAUCGGGUGGUCAACAAAUCCAAUUGUACAGAGCCCACCAUGUCGUCGAGCCUGCAGAAUAUUCCAAAUGGCGACAACUAUGCGCUUGGAUCGACCGUGAUGAACAGUUCGGGCGGUGCCGGGUGCAUAUCCCUGUCCCCGCCGAUGCACAUGCUCAAUGGCAUACUGUCGCCCACCGUGGGGAGCAUCAAUAAUCUGCACACAAUAUCGAAAAACGAGGCAAGCACACGGCGCUAUGUGCCCAGCUCGUGUACCGACACUGAUGUGGCGCCCGAAUAUGGUAUUAUAAGUGCCAACAAUGGCGGUGUGACGUUACAAUCGCAUCAUGCCGUCCCCGUAAGCAGCACGACCAACUUUCGACAUCCCGAGUACCUAAUGACCACGGCCACUCCGGUGACCCAGUCCGGCUCCAGCAACCACAUCUAUACAAACACCUCGAGUGUUGCUGGUGGUGCUGCCUCCAGCAAUCGGAUUAGUCUAAACAAUGUUUCCCCGCCAAAUACUGCGAUGCGAAAGGAGCGAUUCCUGGGUAGUGCCAGUGGUCCACAGCAGCAUCCGCCCGUCCAACGGGGUCUGCACUCCUACGGCCAGACCAAACACUAUUCGCCCCUGAUGCCCACAUCAACAUCGAGCUCCAACGACAGCGUAUGUGAUUCACUUUCUUCCAACAAUGGCUUGGGCGGUGGUGGCUCCAUUGCGGCGAACAGCAACAGCGGGAAUGUGGGCCAGCACUUGGGCGCACGGAACUCCAAUGACUAUGCCAUGAUAACGUCGCAGAACUCAUCGUUGUCGCCACAUCUCGGGGCAAGCGUCUGCGAUGAGGUCGUGGCGGCCACAACGUUGCCCUCGGUGGUUAGUCUCAGCUGCGGCGGCUCCACCAACGAAAGCUCCGAAUAUCCGCCCAGCAAAAUGCAUCGUAAUCGUGACAUCAACCAAAUAAAACGUGAUUUGUCAACGGGCACAGCACGCGUGCGCACACUUUAUGCUUGCAUGGGCGAAAGUGAGGGGGAGCUUUCCUUUGAGCCCAACCAAAUAAUUACCAAUGUUCGGUAUUCCCACGAACCCGGCUGGCUGCAGGGUACACUAAAUGGCAAAACAGGACUCAUUCCGGAGAACUAUGUGGAACACUUGAAGCCUCACCAUUAGAUUAUCAUUUUUGUAGAGUUCUCCCGUAUUUUUUUGCAUUCGAUUCGUCGGUAGAUACAAUUAAUAUGAAAGUUAGGAAAUCUGAAAAUAAUCGUUGUGUAAAAAAACUAAUUCUGAGUAUGCGCCCUUGGGGUUUUACAUGAAAUGCAUUUUAUUUUAUGCUGGAAACCAGGAAAAACCACAAUCUUACCUUAUAAAUAUGUUAACCUUUAUAAUACCAUGACCAUACAAUGUACUUAUUUUUAAUUAUUUAAUAAGGAGUAUAAACUCAGUGCAACUGCAAAGAUUUAUUUACUAAUUGUUACGCUCUUCAUUUGUUGCUUAUUUAUACAUAAUUCACGUAAUUUGUGCAAAAAUGAAUUACAUCGUAUCUAAUAUCUACUACAUAUACAAUUGUAUAAAAAUAAAUAGCAGUGCUUCGAACACUUUUAAAAUGUAAACUUUAAA